AUGACGACAUUAGAAAAUUUAAGUAAAAAAAAAGAAAAUAAACUUUCAAAAAUACCAGAUAUAACAUUUCCAUUAAAAAAAUCUGUUAGUUCUGAUAUUCAACGACUUCUAAAAAUGGAUAAUGAUGAUCCAGAAUACAUUAAAGAAAUGCAAAGACCAGCAACAAUAAAACAAGAUCUUUCUGAUAUGGAACGUCGUAAGCGUGUUCAUCAAAUUUUAAAUUCCAAAAGAUUUUGUUCACAAUUAGAAUCUGUUAUAAAAUUUGAUGCUUUCAGUAAUAUAAGUGAUGGUGAAUUAAAAGAAUAUAAUAAAUGUAAUCAUUAUGCAUACCUUGCAAAAGCAUCAUAUUUUCAUGUGCCUGGAAGUUUAUUAAAUACAGAUCAAAAAAUAUUUUUACCAGUAGCUGAUUUAUGUCCCAACAAACAAUAUGAUAAAUAUGAAAUAAGUGUCCGAAACAAAUUAGCAUCAUUAUGCCGGUUAAUUGAUUAUUUUAAAUGGAAUACUAGUUUAGAUAAUCAUAUAUCUUUAAAACUUAAUACAGUAUCAUCAGAAACUGAUUCUGAUAAAGAAAAAGAAAUAUGUUUAUUGAUGAAUUCAAUAGAUCUUAUGUUUCAUGAAGUUACAGCAUCAUCAUUAAUAAAAAUAAAUACAAAAAAUUAUAUUAUUGAUGGUGGUACAUCUCUUUGUGGUAUUAAUCUACCAAAAUAUGCUAUACAAGCUGCUAUAUAUGAAGCAAGAGAAGAUAUAAACUGUAUAAUUCAUCUUCAAAUCCCAGUUGUAACAGCUGUCUCAUCAACAAAAUUUGGAUUAUUACCAAUUUGUCAAGAAGCAAUGAUAAUAGGAGAAGUAUCCUAUCAUGACUAUAUAAGUUAUCUAGAACCAGAAAAAUUUAAAAAACAAAUAGCAAUAGAUUUAGGGAAAAAUAAUGUUUUAAUACUAAGAAAUAAUGGUUUUAUUGUUUGUGGUGGAACAGUUGAAGAAACAAUGUUCUUAGUUUAUAAUACUGUUAUAGCAUGUGAAUCAAUGUUAAAAACUCUUCGUGUUGGUACUGAUAAUAUAAUAUUACCAGAUGAAAAGGUAGUUAGAAGAAUUUAUGAUGAAGCAAGAUAUAAACAUCGAGUAUUAACUAAACAAUUAAAUGGUCAAUUGAUAAAUAUACCAAAAAAUAUUUAUAAAAUAGGUGAAUUUGAAUGGAAUGCAUGGAUGAGAGUUUUAGAUUGUAUUGGUCAUAAAACAGGUCAUAUAUAUAAAAAUGAUCAAAAUAAAAUAAAUAAAAUAUCCAUAAGUAAUAAUAAUGAUAAUGAUGAUGAUAUUACUAUACCACCAGCUUCAGUAUCAUAUGGAAAAGUUAAUGAGAAUGAUUCUCAAGCAUUAACAGCAUAUAAAAUAAGUUUAAUGAAAAAAGAACAAGAAAAAAUUAGAUGGUUAAAUUCACCAAAUGUAUAUCAAAAAAUAAAAGUACUAGAAAAAGGUGUUGAUAAUCCUAAAGUUAUAACUAAAUGGAUACAAGAUGUGAAUCAUGAAUCAGGUGUAUAUGAAACACCAAUAUCAUUAAAUCAAAGUAAUCAGUUUAUAACUAUAAAUAAUGGUUACAAAGAAUUUAAAACUAAGCAAAAAGAAAUGAAAGAAAGUAGAUUACAAGGAUUUAAAAAUGCUGGACCAAAAUCGCAAAUAUUAGAUAAUUUAAGACAUAAUGAAAUUUGUAAUAAUAUUAAUACAAAUGAUAGUGAAAAAUACAAUAAAUUUCAAAAACCAAUAAAUGUAGGAUCUGCAUCUAAAGGAAUUAUUGAUAAAAAAUAUCAAAAUCAUGGACAGAUAUAUAAUCAAGUUUACUCACAAAAUCCAUUUGCUAUUGAAACUGACAAAAGUCUUCAAGAAUACAUUGAUUUUUGUAAUAAAAAAUCAGAAAUAAUACGUAAACAUGUUGACAAAAAAAUAUUAAAUAGAGAAUUGUCAGAUAGUUGUAGUGAUUGUGAUGAAGCUUCUUUAAUGGAAGCCGUACAAGAGUAUCGAAGAUCAUUAACUUCUCCACAGUCAGAAGAAGAUAGUUCAAAAAACGAAAAUUUAAAAAAAAAUAAGACAAAGUAUAGUUUACAAGAUACAAGUAAUAUUUUAUCUAUAAAUAAUGUUGAAAAAAAUAACAAUUUUUCAAGAAUAUUUUCAAAUUCUUCAAAUAUUACAAAAUCUGAAAAAAAUCAAUCUUCAAAGAAAGAGAAAAAAACAAAGAAAAAAAGACUUAGUAUUUUUUCUUUUGGAAAGAAAAAAGAUUAA